GAUGUGAACAUCUUAAUCGUAAUGAUAAGAGUAUUUCUUAUAGUUCAGUUUAAUUAUCUCAGUUACCUGCAACCUUUAUACUUUACAGCAGUCACAAUGACAAUCACAGGUAGGGGUAUGCAAAAACCAAACCAAACCAAACUGAAACGACAAAUUCAGUUUGUUUUGGUUUGGAGAAUCUAAUCUGCAUAGGCUUUUGACUAUUAGCCUCUAGAAACUGGACCUACCAACCUGGUGCAACUUCAUCUACAUUCAGCAUCUACCUCGUUCUUCCAACAAUCUUGUAGCCUGUUAUUCUUGUUCUUAGUUAAAUACUGUACAUGAUAUAAAGAAACAACAUAGCUGAAAAACAAUGCUAUCAUUACCCGUUAUCGGACCAGCUUUCAAGGUAGAAGAAACCAAUUGUAAUGGCUUUGGUAGAGCUCGUCUUAGCUCCAGUUUGAAUGCAAGAGAGAAUAAACUUGUUUGUGUAACAAGUGGAAAUUCUUACUUGGGUUCUCAAAUAGUCAAAAACCUCUUGGCUAAUGGCUACCUUGUUCGAGUCACAAUUCAAAACCAAGUUGAUUUUGAAGAAAUGAAGUGCCUAAUGAAUGAGGAAGAGAUAUAUAAACUGGAAAGUAUUGUGGCAGUAAGGAUGCAGGAUUUGAACAGUCUUUGUGCUGCAUUUUGCUGUUGCCGUGCUAUUUUCCACACCGGUUCAUUCAUUGAUCCGCACGGGGUCUCCAGUUAUUCUGUAAGUUCAGAAUGCAGAAGUUGGUUCUAUUUUUAUUAACUGCUGAUCAAAUUGUUAAAAUGCAGUAUGCAGGUACAUAUGGUGUUUCUUGAGGCUGAAGUAACAAAGAAUGUAAUUGAAGCUUGUAGUAAGGCAGCAUAUGUUAGGUGGUCUAUUUUGGGUGUAGCUCUAUUUAGGGUGUGCA